UUCAUGUCCAAAUCAUAGUACUCCUCUCUUUCUCUCUCAACAAUGGCCGUAGGGGAGAGACCCACAGUGAAGGUCUCAAACAUCCCUAAAACAGCAAUAGCCAAGGAGCUCUGGAGCUUCCUGGAGUCCAAGCUGGGACCCAAUACAAUCUACGCUUUGGAAAUCGCCACUGAGCACAAAAACUGGAAGUCCAGAGGCUUCGGCAGAGUUCAGUUCGAGACCCUCCAAGCCAAGCGCGCUGCCGACCUCCUUUCUCUGCAAGGGGACCUCGUUUUCCGGGGCUCAAGCCUCUCCAUCUCUGCCACCUUCGAUGACAUUAUUGUUCGACCCGUUGAGCCCAGAAACCAAGUCGACUCGGGGGUUCUCCAUGUGGGCUUCUUAGUUGAAGACGAUUGCAUGUUGGUUUUGGAGUCGUGGGAGGGUGUGAAAACUUUGGUUAUGCCUGAGAGGAAUAGGGUGGAGUUUUGGGUGGACAAGGAUGGGGAGCGGUACAAGUUGGAGGUUCCAUUUGACGAUGUGUUGGAGAGCUCUGCAUGUUGUUUGGGAGGUGGGAAAGUUAAUGCGCUGCUUUUGAAGCUCAAGUAUGCACCAAAGAUCUUCCAAAAAUUUGCAGGCCCUAAUAUAGCUUCAAAGUUCAGUGCUGAUCGGUACCAUAUCUCCAAGGAAGAUGCUGAGUUCCUUUGGCUACGGACGACAGAUUUUUCAAGUAUAAAGUCACUUGGACAGUCAACUUCAUUUUGUUGGGAAAUUAAAGAAGGAUUUCCAGCUUUAGAUAUUUUUGCUAGUUUCCCAUAUUAUAAAGAUCUGACCGAGCUAACUUUAGAACAAGGGGAAGCAUUUUGUUCAGAUUCUGGGCUAGUUCCUCUUGUGAAAUGUGAAUCAGGUCCUAAGUUAGAAUAUGAAAUCCUUUUCCAGCUCAACUCCCUUGUCCAUGCUCAAAAGAUUAGCCUUGCUGCAGUUGACACUGAUUUGAUUGAGAUACUUAGCAAUUUACCUGUAGACACUGCUAUUAUGAUUCUUCAGAAGUUGCAUAAACGGAAGUCUACUCAUUAUGAUCCCAUAUCAUUUAUUAAGGCUCAGGCACAUAUCAUCAACAUGAACAUUAAGAAUCUUCCACCAUCAUCUCACAGCAGGUUAACAAACAAUAAUGUAAUGAGUUGCCAUAGAGUCCUUGUUACCCCGUCAAAGAUUUAUUGCUUGGGUCCUGAGCUUGAGUCUUCUAAUUAUGUUGUAAAGCACUAUGCAGCAUAUGCUUCAGAUUUCGUGAGAGUUUCUUUUGUUGAAGAAGAUUGGAGUAAACUUCCUUCAAAUGCCCUUUCCAUGAGUAUUCGUAAAGCUUUCUUUGCCGACCCUUUCAGAACUGAAAUAUAUCAUCGAAUAUUAUCUAUUCUCCGUGAGGGAAUUGUAAUUGGAGCUAAAAGAUUUCAGUUUCUUGCAUUCUCUGCUAGUCAACUCCGUUCAAAUUCUGUUUGGAUGUUUGCUUCUAAUGACAAAGUAAGAGUAGAUGAUAUUAGAGAAUGGAUGGGCUGCUUCAAAAAGAUCCGCAGUGUGUCAAAAUGUGCAGCAAGGAUGGGUCAAUUGUUCAGUUCUUCUGUACAAACUCUCCCUGUCCCAGUACAAGAUGUUGAGGUUAUUCCUGAUAUUGAAGUUACCUCUGAUGGUUUUGGCUACUGCUUCUCAGAUGGAAUUGGAAAAAUUUCACUCUCUUUUGCUAAGCAAGUUGCUCAGAAGUGUGGGUUGCAUCAAACACCUUCAGCAUUCCAAAUUCGAUAUGGUGGUUAUAAAGGUGUUAUAGCUGUUGACCGGAAUUCCUUCCGGAAGCUCUCUCUACGCAGUAGUAUGUUAAAAUUUGAAUCACAAAACAGGAUGCUUAAUGUCACUAAGUGGAGUGAGUAUACGCCUUGCUAUUUGAACCGGGAGAUUGUUUCCCUCUUGUCUACCCUGGGAGUGGAGGAUGAAAAUUUUGAAGCAUUGCUAAAUGAACAAAUGCAUCUUCUCGACAAAAUGCUGUCAAAUAGGCAGGCCGCUCUGGAUGUUUUAGAGAGCAUGGGUGGGAUUGAUAAUAAAAACAUUCUAGCAAAGAUGCUGCUUCAGGGUUACGAGCCAAAUGUGGAGCCUUACCUUUCAAUGAUGCUUCAAGCUUAUCGUGAGAGCCAAUUGUCUGAUAUAAGAACUAGAUGCCGGAUAUUUGUCCCAAAGGCCCGUGUUCUAAUUGGGUGCUUGGACGAGACAGGAAUUUUAAACUAUGGCCAAGUUUAUGUCCGAGUAACCAUGACAAAAGCAGAGCGCAAAUGCUGCAAUCAGAGUUUUUUCCAGAAGGUGGAUGACACGACCUCUGUAGUAAUAGGGAAGGUGAUUGUAACCAAAAACCCAUGUCUUCAUCCAGGAGAUAUCAGAGUUCUUGAUGCAGUUUAUGAGGUAGAAUUGGAGGAGAAAGGUUUGGUGGAUUGUAUCCUUUUUCCUCAGAAAGGGGAAAGGCCUCAUCCAAAUGAGUGUUCUGGUGGCGAUCUCGACGGAGAUCAAUUUUUCAUAUGCUGGGAUGAAGGUCUCAUCCCAAGCCAAACUGAGGCCCCCAUGGACUACACCAGCAGAAGACCUCGCAUAAUGGAUCAUGAUGUGACCUUAGAGGAAAUCCAAAAGUUUUUUGUUGAUUACAUGAUCAAUGACACUCUGGGUGUCAUCUCUACUGCACAUUUGGUACAUGCAGAUCGCGAACCAGAGAAAGCCCGGAGUAAAAAAUGUCUUGAGCUGGCAACCCUUCACUCCAUGGCCGUGGACUUUGCAAAGACGGGAGCCCCAGCAGAGAUGCCUAGGGUUUUAAAACCAAAGGAAUUUCCGGAUUUCAUGGAGAGAGUAGACAAACCCAUGUACAUCUCCAAUGGAGCACUGGGGAAGCUCUACCGUGCCACCAUUGCCUCAAGAGCGAAUGAAAAGUCCAGCUGUGUUUGGUCAGGGACGAUCCCAGGCGCUGCCUAUGAUCAUGAUCUUGAAGUGGACGGCUUCGAAACCUUUCUCGAAAUUGCGAAACUUCACAAGGAGAUGUAUGCAGAGAAAAUGGCCACAUUAAUGAAUUUCUAUGGGGCGGAGAGUGAGGAUGAAAUGCUGACUGGUAAUCUGCGAAACAAGUUGAUGUAUCUGCAGCGGGAUAACAGGAGAUUCACAGAAAUGAAGGAUCGAAUACUGAUAUCAGUUAAGAGCCUACAGAAAGAAGCCAAAGAAUGGUUGUAUGGUAGCUGCAAGCCACACCAACAUCAGAAAAUGGCCUCAGCUUGGUACCAUGUCACUUAUCACUCUACUUUCUCUUCAGAGAACCCUAAUUUCUUGAGCUUCCCUUGGAUUGUGGGAGAGGUUUUGCUGGUCAUUAAGUCUGCAAAUAGCAGAAAAUCUGAAACUUCGAAAGAUAAUUGUAUUCAGCAGAAUAUGUAAAUUGGAUGUUAUUUACUAAGAAAAGAGAAUUGAUGCAGAAAA